GUCAUCGCGUGCUCGCCAUCCCGAAGAUGAAUCAGCCUGAACGGUCCAAGGGCAAAUCCAAAAAGCGUCGCGCUUCCAAAUCAAGCCGGAAGAUGGAGCACUCGACCACCUCGUCAAACGCGGACCAUUCGGUGAGGCAGACUCCGGAGAAGACGACUACUAGCGCUGGCCAGCCAUCCGAUUCUGAAACACUCGCCGCGACGGUUAAGAAAAGCGGGGAGAAACGACAGUCACCCAGGCGUUCAGCGUCAACGACGUUUCAGUCACAACGUCGACACAGCAAGUCUCACAGCCUCUCCACCGGUCCCGCGUCCUUAACGCAUCAAAGCCAAGCCGCUCACGAAUCUCUAGCAGGUCAAGGGGGCGCCAAUACUUCAUUGCUGGGCACGGCAGUGCUGUCAUCGUUGUCAACGUCAACACCCACAGGUGGCGGAACCCUCUCAUCAGAGAGCUCGCCAAAGUCCUGCAAUCGGGGCGAGGCGACCAUCGAAUGGCUAGGCAGUCAACCAGCCACCGCACCUGUCGAUACGGCUCAGUCGAAGCAGGUCGGAGAACAAGCGGCAAUGAAGACGGCAGGCCAGGUCGCCGUCGGUGUGCCCCCGGCGCCAGAGAAGGAAGAAGCAAAACCGAUGGUUGAACAUAGCGAGAGGCAGCAACCAGCGCAACCGAAGGCCCAACCAGUCGAAGAGGAGCCACCAAAGAGGGCGCCACUGAGCACGCAUGCUCAGACUUAUACGGCGACCAAAGCGGGGACGCCGCCUUUGAUAGAUCCAGCGGACAAGCCGGUGCCACCGGUGUUGGCACCAGAGAUGAAAGCGGAAGCGAAGCCCGAGACGCAAAAACCGAAGCAGGAAAAGCAGCAGACGGCAGGCAACAGUAUACGCAUACAGACCGAUACGCCGCCUUUGACAAAGCUUCAAGAAGGGCAUGUGCCCGUCUUGGUGGACACGGCGACGCAGUCCUGUAACCACACAGCCGUACCGCUAGCGCAUCGGAAUGCCGCAGUCGACACGGGAGCAGACGCUCCCAACGACUUCUGGGUGUCGCCCAGUAGCGACCCGGAGCUUCCUUUCGCCUCCGCCGAGUACACGUCGCCCCCAGAGGGUGCGGCCGGCGCCAAGGCAACGGCUGUGAGAGGCGCCCGGAAGGCUGAUCGCAAGCGCUUCGAGAGCACGGCUACCGUGGGUGUAGGCCGCAAAUCCAUGGCCGCGACCAGUGAAGCGGGCGGCGGUGUCACUACGGAAGCGACGGUCAUGAUGGACGUGAACCCGUACGUGCGUUACCCGCUGCUCAUCAUGAACCUACUCAUAUGGCUCAUGGGUGUGACACUACUGCUGGUCGGCGCGUACGCCUACGUGGACACGUGGACCCAGUCGGAGAUCCCGUCGCAUUCGACUUCCUACAACAUCUACAGCAUGUUCGUGAUCAAGAUGGAGAUCACGGUGAUGCUGUUCGGCACGGUGACCAUGUCGUUGUCGUUCUGCGGCUGCGUCGGUGCGCUGCGUGAAAACACCUGCCUGUUGAACGUCUACUCCUCGUUCAUCACCGCGUUGCUGCUCAUCAACCUGGUCGUGGGCCUCAUCGUCUUCUUCCUGCCGUCGCAGAUCAAGAAACUGCUCUCCGAGACGUUCUCCAUGGAGCUCAUUGUCCACUACCGGGACUCGCCGGACUUCCAGAGGCUCAUGGACAGCAUACAGGAGCGGAUGCAGUGCUGCGGCAUUUCGAGAAGGAACUUCAGGGACUGGAACGCCAACAUGUACUUCAACUGCUCCCGCGCCAACCCGAGCAGUGAGCGCUGUUCCGUGCCUUAUUCGUGCUGCAAGCGCAACAGUACCAACCAGGUGGUCAGCCUUUCGUGCGGCCGCAACGUCCUCAACAUGACCGACUACGACGCCUGGUUCCAGGUGUACACGGGCAACUGCCUCGACUCGGCGCACCGAUACGUGCGCGAGAACGUCACCAUCAUCACGGGACUCUGUCUCGUCUUCGUCAUCGUGCUCGCCUUCGUGCAGAUGGUCACGCAGGCGCUGAUCGACGAGAUACUCAUCAUACGCCGCAUCUACGAGAAGUUCUACGAGCGGGCCUACGACAUUCGCGCCGCCCAGGAGCAGACUGAACCGUCUGCCAACUAACGGGCGUUGCGCUAGCUGCAGCCACGGCAAAGUCAACAGGUGCACGGUACAGAAGGCAGAACAUGGACUCAUAUGCGAGAACAAACUCCGCAACUUGGUUCGGUCGCGGUCACUAUGUUAGUGUCUGUUGAUGUCUGUUAGGCUCUGGAACUGUUCCUUAGUGUCAACGAAGUACUGCAAGUACAAGCGCUGCCAAAGAACUGUGCAACCUCGUUGUGUUCAAUUUGGCGGCGUCUGCAGGAGCACAAUUUCUUGGUGAGGAUGACCUGCGGAUGGGUACACAGUUCAAGAGACAAGUCCCGCAAGACGUUGCCAGAAUCUGCAGGGUCCUUAUUGCGCGGUAAUUGCUUUGCUACGGUCGCUGGCCAACGCUGACGUUAUCGGUGACCCCUGUAAAGCAACUUUGGAGAUCCCUUGCAGGGCAUUGUUGCAACAAGGCUGGGCUCUGGGCAACGCCUUGUUGUGAUCUCCGCAGAAGCUGACGAUGACCAGAAAGUUCAGUGAAGGUUUGCGAAAAGUACAGGGCAACGGGCUCGCAUCCUUCUGUCAUGUGCAUUACUGUUGGCAUUCCGUGAGCUGCGCAGCGUCGCAAACUUGGUUGUCGUUUAUAUAUGCUGUAGAUAGACGAUUUUUAAAAGGAUUAUAAUGUACCAGCAAUUCUUUUCGCUGUACAGAGCAGGUGCGAAACCUGUGAGCGCGUUUUCUGUUUGCAUUCUUUUCCUUUUUUUUUUUAUUUUCGCGUGUGUCUGUUCUAUACCCCAUCGUGGAUAUAUGGGGUACCUCGACGAGAAUUGUAGUUGUACAUAAGCGAUAAGCGAGUCAAUGCUUUACUGAUUGUGUAUUUGGCAUUUUAUUAUAAGUUUUAACGCAAGUGCUAAACUUUCUGCCCUUUGCACGCCUUUCCCUUUUAUCGUUCACUUCGCCUUGCGCAUACGCUGGGUUCUCUUUCCGCCGUUCCUUUAUUCAGCGAGAAGUCGCAUACGUAUACGUACUGCUGCGCGCAGUUAUUUCUGAUUAACUCUUGCAGCAAAUAAAAUGACGCGGUAGUAGCUCCAAUUUUGGCACGCCCUAAAC